CCGGAGACUCUGGCUGGGUCGGGUCGCAGGUGUCACCGCAGCUCUGGCCAUGAGGACCCUGUGGAUGGUGCUGUGCGCGUUGGCACGACUGUGGCCUGGGGCCCUGGCUGGCUGCGCAGAGGCCGGGCGCUGCUGCCCUGGUCGGGACCCAGCCUGCUUCGCCCGCGGCUGGAGGCUGGACAGGGUCUAUGGAACGUGCUUCUGCGAUCAAGCCUGCCGUCUCACCGGGGACUGCUGCUUCGACUACGACCGGGCGUGUCCAGCUCGCCCGUGCUUCGUGGGAGAAUGGAGUCCCUGGAGUGGCUGUGCUGGUCAAUGCAAGCCCACCACGCGUGUGCGCAGACGUUCAGUGCAGCAGGAGCCGCUGAAUGGAGGGGCACCUUGCCCACCCCUGGAAGAGCGAGCCGGCUGCCUGGAGUACACCUCAUCGCAGGGCCGGGACUGCGGGCAUUCCUUUGUUCCUGCCUUUAUAACCAGCUCUGCAUUCAACAAGAAGAGAACAAUACAAGCUGCAUCUCCACAGUGGUCUACACAAACUGAGGAUGCUGGAUACUGUAUGGAGUUCAAGACAGAGUCCCUGACUCCGCACUGUGCCCUGGACAACCGUCCGCUGACUCGAUGGACGCAGUAUCUCCGAGAGGGAUACACGGUGUGUGUGGACUGUCAGCCUCCAGCUAUGAAUUCUGUGAGCCUGCGUUGUUCCGGAGACGGCCAGGAUUCUGACGGAAACCAGACUCUUCGCUGGCAAGCCAUUGGCAAUCCUCGAUGCCAAGGGACCUGGAAGAAAGUGCGGCGGGUGGACCAGUGCUCCUGUCCAGAAGUGCACCGCUUCAUUUUCAUAUAGAGCGCCUCGGAGCCACCGCACAGUGUGCUUACAGUGGGCUGAGUAUUGCCAACCUGAGCUCAGCCCUCAGAAGCCCUCAGAAACUGUGCCAAGUCCCCGGACACGCUCCAUUGCCACACUUCGCUUCUGAGAAAGAAAACUUAGGGGUAGUUCUCAAGGAUCACAGCCUCUUUGUUUUUAUUUUUACUGAGUUAAAGAACCAUACUAAAAGCUCCUACAGCCUUGACCUUAAACGUUUGGCCACAAAAUGCACGUCUGUUUGUACUAGAAUCACUACCACGGGCUCUAGUUUGGGUAAAGUUGCUGUUUAAGGGUAUCUAUGUAUUUUGUCAUUAUUGGUUUUUUGUUUUAUUUUUUAUUUUUUAAAUUAAAG